AUGUUUUCCAAAUGGAAUCAAACUUUGCUCAUUCUUGCGUUCCUUUGCUAUAUCGGAAUCGAGGCAGCGAAAUCUCAUAAGCACGCAGAUGUUCCCAACUGUCAGAACUUCUCGAUAGGUGUGAAUUUCAAAGACGAACAAGCACAUGGAACUUGGCAUCUUCUGCACUUCAAAACGGAACAAACCAAGGGCUCUGGGGAUCAGCACUGUGUUGAGUUUACCGCUAUGUCUGAUAAGGAACGCAAAGACUUGGAAAACCGUAUAGGACAGUAUGUAGAGAAUUUGAAAUGGGACACUCUAACGCUGAAAAUGCAGAUUCCAUGUAAAACUGCAAACACGACCAGAGCAAGAGAUUACUUUCUGGAAAGACUAGGCGACGACGGAUCCUACAGGACAUUACAAAUGCCUGCGUCUACAGCGAAACUUGACCUGGCCGAUUUCCACCGCUAUCCAAUGCGCCUAAAGAUUAUUGAAGGCCAGUACCUGGGUAUGAUGGACUGCCACGAGAAAUUUGUGUUCCUGUUGGGCAAACAGCCGUCAGACGACAAGGGCAUUGACGAACGACUACAGAAAAUGAUAGAAGCGUACUGGCCUGAAGAGUAA